UAUAAACAAUUGCACUUAAGUUCCUGACAAAUUGGUAUCAGAGCAAGAGAUCCUUGGAAAUUACCAUUAGCAAUGGCAGAAGGCACUAGAUUCCGGUCAUUGGAGGAGCAAGUUAAGAAACAAGAAAUCAAGCUGCAGGAAUUGGUAGAAUCUCUCCAUACAUCACAGUCGGAGCAGCAGCAAAUUAAAAAGGAAUUGAAACAGGAACUGGAGGAGAGUAGCAAACGGAUGGAAGGCCUAUUAUUAGGUAUGGAGCAGAAUUUUCUCAAAAUUUUGGAGCAAAAGCUGAACAAUCUUCUGCUAAGGACUCCUAUGAAGGAGAAGACUACUGAAGGGGAUGGAAGAUUGCCAGUAGAUCAGACGCCACUGUUACCAACUCCACCAGCUCACUGCAGGAUACAACCUGAAGGCGAAGCUCAGAAACUCUUCAAGAAGGACUGGAGUAAGUUUCAGAUUCCAAAUCCUCCUAAAAUUGAUUUACAGCUAUUUUCUGGAGAACAUCCUAGGGUUUGGCUGAGGAAAUGUAAUAAAUACUUUUUGAAUUAUCAAGUUCCACACGAGCAUAAAAUUGAAAUCAUUGAAAUGUAUCUGGAUGGCAAGGCUGACAAAUGGUUCCAAGGUGUAAAAAUUGAAAAGCCUAGAUUAGGAUGGGAGGAAUUUGAAGAUAUGUUAUGUAGGAGGUUUAAUGAUAGAUCGUGUAAGGAUAUAGUGGAAGAAUUCAAUAAACUGCAACAAGUAGGCAGUAUCGAGGACUAUCAGGAGAGAUUUGAGGAGCUGAAGCCUUUGAUGAUGAUCAAAAAUAGAAACCUGGAUGAAAACUAUUUUAUUUCCAGUUUCAUAAGUGGACUUAAGGAAGAAAUUAAGCCUGUGGUCAGGAUGCUGAAACCUGCCACACUAUCUGAAGCCUUCGAGCUAUCUCAAUGGCAAGAGCAAGUCAUAAGAAUCCAGAAUAAAAGCUCCAAGGAAAACACCAGGCCAAUGGGAGAAAACAAAUUUGGCAUAACCAGAAGUGCUAACACUUCUGUUGGAACAAAUUCUUACAAGGUCCCUGCCACUAGCAAUUUUAAGCACACUAAGUUUAGGAGUUCACCAGGGGAUACUAAGGAACCAGCAAAGUUGUCUGCUCAGGAGUUGCAGUAUAGGAGGAGUAAUGGAUUGUGUUUCAGGUGCGGAGAGAAGUAUGGAAUGGGACAUCAGUGUAGAGUGGGUCACUCAAAUUGUAUGACACUGGAAGAGGAGGAGGAUUCUGCAUUUGAGGAUGCCCUUGGAGAACAAGAUGAACAGACUGGGAAUCUUGGACAGGCCAUGGAAGUGUCACUGCAUGCUUUAUCUGAGGCUCUUAAGAGAAAAACUAUUACACUCUCUGGAAUCUUAGAUGGGGAGGAAGUACUGAUAUUGGUGGACACUGGGAGCUCAGACAGCUACAUUAGCAGUGAGCUUGUAAUUGGGAUGGACAUAGGCUAUCAGUGGGUGGAUCAACCAUUCUCUGUCAUAAUGGGGAAUGGAUCAUGUGUCACCAGCAAUGCAAUAUGCAAUGGGGUGCAGUGGAGGAUUAAUCAACACAACUUCAGGUAUAACCUCAAGGUAAUGGAACUGGGAGGUUGGGACAUAAUCCUAGGAGUGGACUGGAUGACACACUUCAGUCCCAUCACAUUCGACUUCCAACAACUCAGGAUAUCCCUGCACCAUGAAGGAGAUGAAAUCCAUCUACAUGGCCAAGCCGAUAACUGUGACAUGGAUUUGAUCAGGGGCAAGGACUUAAGAACAUUUAUAGAAUACAAGAAACAGAUGUGUAUGGCUAUGUGUGGCCAACAGGAAAAAGACAGACAAGGGAAGUCAGAAACCACACCUCAAGAGGUAGAGGCCCUGCUACAGGACUAUAAGGAUGUCUUUCAGACUCCUAGCUCAUUACCCCCAAGUAGGAGCGUAGACCAUGAGAUUCCUCUCAAACAGGAGGCUCAGCCAUUCAAACUUAAGCCUUACAGAUAUCCUCACUGUCACAAGGAGGAGAUAGAGAGACAGGUUACUGAAAUGCUGCAGAAAGGUAUUGUGAAACACAGUAACAGCCCCUUUGCCUCCCCUGUACUACUAGUCAAGAAGAAGGAAGGCACCUGGAGGUUUUGUGUGGACUACAGGAAGCUGAAUGAGAUCACUAUUAAAGACAAAUUUCCAAUACCCAAUGUAGAUGAACUGUUGGAUGAGUUAUCAGGAGCUGUGUUCAAAACCAAGUUAGAUUUGACUGCAGGCUAUCACCAAAUCAGAGUGAAACCACAGGACACCUUUAAAACAGCCUUCCAAACUCACUGUGGUCAUUUUGAAUUCUUGGUAAUGCCUUUUGGGCUCACAAAUGCCCCUGCAACCUUUCAGUCACUCAUGAAUCAGGUAUUUCAACCUUACCUGAGGAAAUUUAUUUUAGUCUUCUUUGAUGAUAUUUUGAUAUAUAGCCACACACUGGAAGAUCAUGUUCAACAUCUAAGGAUUGUACUGGACCUGCUGAGAAAGCAUCAACUCUAUGUGAAGAAAUCCAAGUGUGCGUUUGCUCAGAAACAAGUGGACUACCUGGGGCACACUAUCAUUGAUCAGGGGGUUAGUAUGGAUGACUCCAAGGUCCAUAGCAUUUCACAAUGGCCAAUACCAAGAUCUGUCAAGGAACUGAGAGGAUUUUUGGGACUUACUGGCUAUUAUAGGAGGUUCAUUAAACAAUAUGGACUUGUAUGCAAGCCACUGACUGAGUUACUUAGAAAGGACAAUUUUAAGUGGAACACACAGGCACAGGCUGCAUUUGAUCUCUUGAAGCAACUCAUGUGUUCAGCUCCUGUUCUUAAAUUACCAGAUUUUAAGCAGGCUUUUGUGAUAGAGACAGAUGCCAGUGGAGGGGGCAUUGGAGCAGUUCUGAUGCAGGAAGGACAUCCCAUAGCCUUCCUGAGCAAGGCACUAUCCACAAGGAACCUGGGCCUAUCAGUCUAUGAGAAAGAAUUGCUUGCUCUGUCAUUGAAGUACCUACUGGAUCAGAAGCUGAACACUGCCCUUCAACACAAAUGGAUGACCAAGCUAAUGGGAUUGGACUAUGAGAUACAAUACAAGAAGGGUGCUGAGAAUCAAGUAGCAGAUGCACUAUCCAGGCGACCUAAUGAUGUUCACCACCUUCCACUUAGUUCCUGUCUAGCCAUCACUACUGUUAGACCUGGGUGGAUUGAGGAACUGCAGAGGAGCUAUGAGGGUGACACUCAGUGCCAAGAUAUCAUAGCUCAGUUACUGUUGGAUUCCACCUCACAUUCUGACUACACUUGGGUUGAUGGAGUACUUAGACAUCAAGGUAAGAUUUUUGUUGGUAGUGCCAAUGAGACCAGGAACAAGGUCAUUAGGGUCCUACAUGCCUCAGCAUUAGGGGGCCACUCUGGUCAGAGGAAUUGUUGGCAUAAGGUAAAGAGCCUGUUUUACUGGCCAGGAAUGAAGGAAGAAGUAGUGUCAUUCAUAAGGAACUGUGACGUCUGCCAGAGAAAUAAGUCUGAGCAUGUUCCCUACCCUGGACUACUGCAAUUACCAUUCCUAAACAAGCUUGGUCUCACAUAUCCAUGGAUUUUAUUGAAAAACUGCCAAAAUCUCAGGGUUUUGAUACCAUAUUGGUAG